ACAUCCACAUUAUUGUCCAACUAUCAUCAACAUCCAGAAUAUCUUCAUUUUUGUGAACUGAAACUCUGCAUGCAUUCAACAAAAACUCCUAUUCCCACUUGCCCCCAGACUCUGGCAACCACCAUUCUACCCUAUGAAUUUGACUACUCUAGGUACCUCAUCAGCUGCUGCUUGCGAAGGUUCCGCCCACUGCAGCUCUCUGCAGUCUCUGGCUCGCUCCUGCAAGACUGACCAUCGCCACUCUCUGUCUGCACUCAAGCCCUGGCUACGGUUGCCUCGGUCCGCUUCUCACAGCAUCAGCACCGCCUUCAUCCCGGCAGCAGCCUCCACCAUCACUCCCGCAGUCCAGCCACUCCUGCUCGUUCCACCUCUGCCCCAACCCCCGCCGCUUCUGCUAUUCCGGUGAGUCUUUCCCUGCGGAGGUCAGGUCUCCUUAUCUUGGCGGUAGCCACCUUACGCGUCACGGUCCUUUGAAAAAUGGCCGAGUCAGCCGACCACAAGAAACUGUUAGAAUCUAGUCAAGAAGAGACUGGUGAUAAGGUAAUGAUGGAGGGACCUGGGGAACAGCCGGAGCGCAGUGAAGAUGUCGAAGCUGGGCCUGGACAUGAUAAGGAGAGCGGUGAAGAAGCCGCCGCUGGGCCUGGGGAAGAAGGGGGAAAAGGUGAAGAUGCUGCUGCUGGGUCCGGGGAAGGCGGGGUAAAAGAUGAAGAUACUGAUGAGGAUUCAGACCGUCCAAAAGGACUUAUUGGUUAUCUUUUAGAUACAGACUUCGUUGAAAGUCUACCUUUGAAAGUUAAGUACCGUGUGUUAGCCCUCAAAAAGCUUCAAACUAGAGUGGCCAAUCUAGAAUCCAAAUUUCUAAGGGAAUUUCAUGGCAUUGAAAGAAAGUUUGCUGAAAUGUAUCAACCCUUACUGGAAAAAAGACGUCAGAUCAUAAAUGCAAUCUAUGAACCUACAAAAGAGGAAUGUGAAUAUAAAUCAGACUCUGAGGACUAUGAUGAUGAGAUGUAUGAUGAGGAAGAGAUGUAUGGUCAUGAGGAGGGUCGGAUGCAUGAGUAUAUGGAUAAGGAUGAUGGUUAUGAGGGAGAUUAUUAUGAUUAUGCUGUUGAGGAGGAUGAUGACGAUGACGAUGACGAUGAUAAUGAUGAUGACAUUGAGGCUACUGGAGAAGAGAAUAAAGAACAGGAUCCUAAAGGAAUUCCUGAUUUUUGGCUGACUGUGUUAAAAAACGUUGACACACUUACUCCUUUGAUUAAGAAAUAUGAUGAGCCUAUUCUGAAGCUCCUGACAGAUAUUAAAGUGAAGCUUUCAGAUCCUGGUGAGCCUCUCAGUUUCACACUAGAAUUUCACUUCAAGCCCAAUGAAUAUUUCAAAAAUGAGCUGUUAACAAAGACUUAUGUGCUGAAGUCAAGGCUGGCGUAUUAUGAUCCCCAUCCCUAUAGGGGGACUGCGAUUGAGUAUUGCACAGGCUGUGAGAUAGAUUGGAAUGAAGGAAAAAAUGUCACUUUGAAAACCAUCAGGAAGAAGCAGAAACACCGGAUCUGGGGAACAUUCCGAACUGUAACUGAAAAUUUUCCCAAGGAUUCAUUCUUCAAUUUCUUUACUCCUCAUGGAAUCAGCUCAAAUGGAAAAGAUGGAAAUGAUGAUUUUUUACUUGGUCACAAUUUACGUACUUACAUAAUCCCAAGAUCAGUGUUGUUUUUCUCAGGUGAUGCACUUGAGUCUCAGCAGGAGGGGGUAGUUAGGGAAGUCAAUGAUGCAAUUUAUGACAAAAUUAUUUAUGAUAAUUGGAUGGCUGCAAUUGAGGAAGUUAAAGCCUGUUGCAAAAAUCUCGAGGCAAUAGUAGAAGACAUUGAUCGCUAAAAGCAAAGUGUACUUGGCCUUGACAUUAACUGCCCUAGAUUGUUACUCAAAAUGUAAGAAGUUAAUUACAGUCUUGUAUUCUGAAAUUUUCCUUGCAGUGUCAGUUAAAACAUAGGGCUCAGAAGUAUAAGAGAAAUGUAAAUACUAAUUCAUUUGAUCUUGCAUCUUAGUAGUAGAAUGCUUUCAAGAAAUGUAAACUGUGGUAGAUGAUUUAAAAUAUUAAUAUAGUGUUGCAUAGUUUAAUCCUUCUAAAGUCCUUUUAUCAUGUAGCUAUUAAUCUGUGGCUGUGAAUAUUAUCGGAACUGCUAAAUGAGAUCAACAUUUAUUUGGAAAGAAAAUCUUGGAGAACAAACCCAAGGUUUUCUGCUAUUGUUGUUGUUUGUUUUUUAUAUUUGAGUUUUCUUAGUCCUUUAUCUAGUGGGUUUAAUUCUGUUGUACCUGCUUCAUUUUGCAAUAAAAAUACAGUAGACUUUAAAACUUGAAUGCUUAAGAAGCCUGCAUGUGGUUAAGAAUUUCAGGCAAAACCACAUUUAUUGUUAAUAACAGCUUGUCCAUAGGCUCUUGUAUUUUAUGUGACCAUGACAAAUAAUAAAACUUAGUUAUAUUGAGGUUGGUGUUUAUCAGGGAAGUGUUAAUCACAGUUGUCUCAAGAGAUGGCCACAUAUUGUUCUGUGUAAUUAUGUAAACUGUAAUCACAGUGUAUAAUUUCUCUUCCUAUAGUACAUUUAAUCAUUCACUGGAAGCAAUCGUGUUACCAUUUUGAAGUUUUUUUCAUGUUCUUUC